CAUUCUGUCUGUUCUCUCUUCUCGCCUGCAUUUUGUGUAUCUCAUCUCGUGUACGCUUUCGCUGCCUUUCCAAUCUCUUCGUUCGGCAUCCAUCGCUGCGCCCCACCAACAACACCAGCAACAACAACAUCAACAAAAAGAAGAGUUAUUCGCCGAUAAUUGAUGUCAAAGGACGCAGUGCUGUGCUCCGCCGUUUUGUUGCCGUUCGUUCCGCCCAGACACCAGCGCCCCUCCGGCCACGGCACCGUAAUAUCACCCGUAGGACAACCCGUAGGACGACCAUGCCCAAAGAGGAUCCAUUCGUAAAUCGCGCCCAGCUGCUAAAGGCCAUCAAGAAGUAUCCCGAGAUAUGGGACUCCAACAACAAGCUGCACAUGUGCCGUAGCGUCACAUCGCCCAUGUGGACGGAGAUCGCUGAGCAGUUCGGAGGUCAUGUGCCGACAGUCAAACUCCAAUCGAUCUGGAGCCAGAUGAAGUACCACUACCACAACUUGGUGCAUCGCCAGAUCCUGCACAAGGAGCGCUUCAACACCAAGUGGGAGCACUUUGAUCCCAUGUCUUUCAUGUACAACAUCACCGUGGCCAAGAUUGUGGGCGCCCAAUCCGGCGGCGGUGCCGCCGAGCCACCGCCAGCCAACACCGAUCAGCCGCUGCAGCUGGCCGGCGCUUCUCCAACGCUCUCCAAUCCUUCCACGCCCAUUGCCAUACCCACUCCCCCACCACCACUGCCCAGUGCAUCCCACGGACGCGGACGUCCCAGCGGCAGCCUCAGCUGGCUGCACACUCCCGUGCCGCCGCCGCCGCCGCCGCACUCCCCUGCACCACAGCCGCCGCACCAUCUGAUGGGCCAGCCGCUGCCGUACACCGCCUUCACGGGUCUGCUGCCCCCGGCUGCUGUGCCAGCGGAGCUGCCGCCAGUGGCGCCACCGCGCAAGCUGGGCCGCCCCAGUUCGCUGCACAACAGCAUGCGGAGCCGCAUCAUCGAUGCCAUCAAGGCACGGCCCCCGCUGUGGGCCGGGCGGCAGCGGAGCGAAAAGGGCCAGGGCCAGAGCCGCACCUCCGCGGUGUGGAAGGAGGCGGCCAUCGAAAUGGGAUUAACGCCAACUCUCAUGCAGACCCGCUGGUCGAUCAUCAAGCAGCGCUAUGUGGACGAGCUGCAGAAGGAGCGCUACGCUCAGUAUUCGCAUCAGGGAUUCCGCUCCAACUGGGAGCACUUUGAGCGCAUGUCCUUCAUGCGCGAUAUCCUGCUAAAGAAGGUGGACGAGCGGGAGCAGACACGCGAACAUAUCCAGGAGAUAGUCAGCGAGCAGCAGCAGCAGCAGCAUCACCAACACCACCAGCAGUUGGGCGGACAGCAUCUGCACCACUACCGCCCACCGCCGGGGCUCCUGGGACUGGCUGAACACGCCCAGGACAUGCCCAUUGGCCUGGUGCAGCAUCAGCUGCCGCAUCAUGAGGCUGUGCACGUGCACCCAACGCUGGCCGUGAUGCAUCCACACCAUCCUCAAGCCAUACUCGCUGCCGGCGCACGUCGACGCGUCAAGCAUGAGUCCGAUCUGGAGUGGGAUCCAUUCGAGAUGAUUCUCCAGGUGCACGGCACGGGCGAACCCGCAGCCAACUGAACCAAGCCAAGACUGAGCCCAGCCCAAGGAGAGAAACAGACAGACGGACAGACAAAUGUCCUAAAAUGAAACGCCAGGAUGUAAAAAUCAUCUGAGAAAACCCAAACCCCACAUGCAAUACUCACACAAUCCAGUUACCAUUUACCCAAACAUUUAUCCUAAUUGUAAUUUCAUUUUCUACUACGAAAAAUACAUCGCU